AUGACUUGACGAGUUAUGAAUAACGUUAAGAAUCACGAUAAACAACUACACAUUGCAACUCAUUACAGAAUAUUUGUAUUUUAGCACACAUGGGAGAGUGAUUUCUAGCUCGCGUCCUCAGUGUCCGUGUUACUUGCAAGGUUAAAACUCCGGUCUAAUAUUACAUAACUCAAUAUACAGUCAGUCAUAACUCCAAAGCGGUAUAAUUAAGACCACUCAAAUGUGAAGAAAGUUUAGUGAAUUUAAUACAAAAUAUAAUAAUAUAACCAAAACAAUAUUAUGAGUAAAGCAACAGAAAUUAGAGUUUCACAAUGGUACUUCGGGGGCUUGGCCUCAGCUGGAGCAGCAUGUGUGACACAUCCGCUAGAUCUUUUAAAAGUUCAAAUGCAAACACAAAAAGGAAAAAACAUCUCAAUGUUGAAGCUUACUGGAAUUGUUUUAAAAAAUCAAGGAGUAAUGGGCCUGUAUAAUGGCAUAUCUGCAUCUCUUCUGAGGCAGCUAACUUAUUCAACAGCUAGAUUUGGUAUUUAUGAGAUGGCUAAACAGCAUUUGGCACCAAAAAAUGGUCAACCCAUAUCAUUUUUCAUGUCAGCAUUCCUAGCAGGUCUUGGUGGAUUUGCUGGAGGUUUUGUUGGCAAUCCAGCUGAUUUAGUCAAUGUUCGGAUGCAGAAUGAUGUUAAACUCCCACCAGAACAGCGAAGAAAUUACAAAAAUGCUAUUCAUGGUCUGUGGAAGGUAGCCACGGAGGAGGGAGUGUUGCGACUAUGGGCUGGCGCCUCCAUGACGUGCAGCCGCGCGGUUCUCAUGACCAUCGGUCAGCUAUCCUUCUAUGACAAGAUAAAGGAACUUCUGCUAGGGACUAAAUACCUAGAUGAUAAUGUCUUCACACAUGUCAUGUCCAGUUUGUUAGCAGGUGGUAUUGCAACAACUUUGACUCAGCCAGUUGAUGUAUUAAAAACAAGAGCAAUGAACGCCAAACCUGGAGAAGUGAAGAGUAUAUUGACUCUUGUAGUUGGCACGGCUAAAGAGGGUCCACUAGCUUUCUUCAAAGGAUACAUUCCAGCGUUCGCAAGGCUCGCACCUCAUACGGUACUCACUUUUGUGUUCCUAGAACAACUUAGAAUUAAUUUUGGUACAAUCAAAGCAAACACUUUUUGAAAUAGAAUUUAUUAACUUAUAUAGUCCCACAAGGAUCUUAUGGCAGAUUUUUGACAUUGAUAAGGGGGCACUUACAAGCUUUAAGGGUUACCAGUGAGCAAAAAUUUCCUCACUUCUUUCGAAAGUAGUCCAUCUUGCAACACCAAGCAAUUGAUUUGCAACUUAUGGC